AUUCAAUAUCAUUUACUUACACAACUUUGGCCAGCUGUUUGUGACGUACGAUACGUUUAAACAAAAGGAUUUUUGUUUGAACACAGGCUUUAUCUUUAGUUUAGUUUAAUUUAAUUUUGGCGCUUUGUUUGCAGUUUUUCAAAAAAAAAAUUAAAACAAUGUGGGUGUUUGGCUAUGGAUCUUUAAUGUGGAAAGUGGACUUUCCUUUUAGUGAGAAAAUUGUGGGAUAUAUUAAAGGUUAUGAAAGAAAAUUCUAUCAAUACAGUACUGACCAUCGAGGUACUCCUGAAAAUCCCGGUAGAGUUGUCACACUUAUUCCGGCCAAUAAAGAGAGCAGAGUUUAUGGUAUUGCUUACAGAAUACCAGAUGAUGAAGUAGAUAAAGUAAUUGAGCAUUUGGACUUUCGAGAAAAAGGCGGGUAUGAAAGAUGCCCAGUGAUGUUCUACCCAAAAGAUCAACAGGCUCAUCAACCAUUUGAAAUGAUAAUAUACCUGGCUUCCCAUGAAAACCCCAACUAUGCUGGACAUGCUGAUCUAGAUGAUAUUGCACGUACCGUGGUUGAUUCUAUAGGACCCAGUGGACCAAACAUAGAUUAUGUAUGUAAUUUAGCCAAAGUUAUGAGGGAAGUAUUGCCUGAGGCUAAAGACGAUCAUCUCUUUGAGCUAGAGGAAAAAGUGUUGGCUCUACUAAAGGAAAAAGGGAUUCGCGCUGGAAAUCAACGGGCAGAAGCUUGAAGCCUUUACUAUUUGUGAUAAUAUUGUGUCAGUAUUUUUAAUAACAAAGAGCUUGUUCUAUAUUUAAUACAGGUGAAUUUAAUUAGUAUAUAAGUAUUUAAAAGAAUUUUAAGAUACAGUGCCAACUGUAAGUAUUUUAAACUAUUGAUAGCAAGUACCCAAUAUAUUUUUAGUUACAGUAAAUCUUUUUUUGCA